AUGUACACGUCCGUUUUGGCCCUCCUGGCCCUCUUCCAGUCUGCCCUUUCAUCUCCCCUCAACCCUCGAUUCGAAUACGCCGUCAAAGAGUCCAUCAAUGUACCCCCCAAAUGGUCGGUAGCUGGAAAUCCUCACCCAUUUCACCUCUUGAAGCUCAACAUUGGACUACAACCCAGCAACUUUGACCUUCUCGAGCAACAUUUGUUCGAAGUCUCGGAUCCCUCUCACCAUCGCUACGGCCAACAUCUAUCUCAGCAACAAGUCCACGACUUAGUUUCACCGACUGACGAGACCUUGGAGUCAAUUCAGGACUGGCUAUCCGAGAACGACAUUGACUCGUCUCAUAUCCAAUUCAACGCGGCCCGAGACUGGAUCACACUUACUCUCCCUGUCGCCCAGAUCGAACGGCUCCUCGACACCAAAUACUCAGUUUACAGACACGAAGAUGGAACAAAGCUCGUCCGCACCACAAGCUGGUCUCUCCCACGCUCGUUGCAUGACCACAUCACCACCAUUCAGCCCACGACUGCUUUUCUCCGGGCAAACCCCAAAGGUGAAACUGUCCUGACGAUCCCGACCGAGAUAGAUUUGGCUGAACUCACUGCUGCCGCCAACUCGACUUCCCUGAACCAAGUCUGCAACUUUGCCGGCAUGACGACCAAAUGUUUGAGAACGUUGUACAACACCGUCAACUACACCCCUCAGUCCGUCAAGAACAACUCGAUCGGCUUCACCAACUACCUCGGUCAAGUCUCUAACCGAUCCGACGCCAAACUGUACCUCCAAAACUUCCGCCCCGAGGCCAUCAACUCCUCUUAUGCACUGAAGCAGGUGUCGAUCGACGGCGGCCCAGUCGACAACGCUACCGCGGGGGCUGGGGUCGAAGGUAACUUGGAUCUCGAAACCAUUCUUGGCCUUGUGUACCCGACCCCCGUCACGGCCUACUCAACGGGCGGCAUGCCCCCCUUUGACCCUGACGCAUUCACCGCCGAAAACACCAACGAGCCCUACCUGACGUGGGUGCUGUGGAUGCGCGACCAAGACCCGGCCAGCCUUCCCAGCGUCGUCUCGACCUCCUACGGCGACGACGAACAAACCGUGCCCCAGACCUAUGCCAAGCAGGUCUGCAACCAAUUCGCAGCUCUCGGAGCCCAAGGCAUCUCUUUGUUGUUCAGUUCCGGCGACUACGGUGUUGGCGGCAACGACAGCUGCGUGAGCAACGACGGCAAAAACACUACCACUUUCCUGCCCGCGUUCCCCGCUUCGUGUCCCUACGUGACCACGGUCGGCGGCACGAGAGGGUACCCCGAACAAGUGGCAUUUGACCCGGCCAACGGGUACGCCUCCGGGAGUGGCUUUAGCAACUACUUUGCCCGUCCGAGCUGGCAGGAUACCGCGGUCGAACGGUACCUCGACACCCUCGGCGACAAGUUUAACGGUCUGUACAACUCGUCCGGUCGCGCGUACCCAGACAUUUCCGCCCAGAGUUACCGGUACAUUGUGUUUUUCAACGCCAGUGUGCGCACGGUCGACGGGACAAGCUGCGCGGCGCCCACCAUGGCGAGCAUCUUCUCGCUCGUCAACGACGCGCUCGUCGCAAAGGGGAAGUCGCCCAUGGGAUGGCUGAACCCGUGGCUAUACCAGGAAGGAUUCGCGGCGUUUACAGACGUGGUCAACGGGACCAGCGUUGGCUGCGAUGGUCCUGGUUUCGGUGCUGCGACGGGUUGGGAUGUCGCGAGUGGAUUCGGCACUCCGGAUUUCGAAAAGAUCCUGGACGUUUUGGGGAUUGGGAGUGGUGAGUCUGGCGUCUCUUCAAAGAGACGAGAUGUCUUCUCGUGA